AUGGCCUUGCGCCCUGCGGACGUUGGGGAGCUUUUCCGCACGGAUGCAGCUUGUAAUGAUACUUCCGUGGUCCUGGGCGGAUGGUUUCUUCACAAAGGACCGGACCCAAAGAAGGCACCAUGGUUUCAGAUCAUCUUGGGCAGGGAUGAAGUUCCUUGGCUUUUCAAGAAGGAUUCGGGCAGCUCGUGGGCGAGCACUUCCGCUGAGGUUCUCGCAUCGUUGGCAGCGCUCCACUUGUUGAGACGCCAUUUCAAGGAUCUUUGGUCAGUCCCUGGACACUUCCGUGCUAGCUUCUGUGGCGGGACUGAUAAUAAAUCUGCCGAGGCGCUGUCUUGCAAGCUGCUCACGACUCGAGUGCCACUCAUGUUUGUGGUGAUGGAGUUCGUCACCUUUUGUGACGCUCUGGGUUUCAGAUGCAAUCUCAGCUGGAGGCCCAGGGACUCCAAUCAGGAGGCGGACCGCAUCACCAAACAUGUUUUCGAGGACUUCGAUGAAAACUUGCUCAAGGACACCGUGCUGCCCGCCGGCUCCAUCGACGCCUUCCUUAGCAACCAAAUGGAGAAAAAGCUUGACUUCGCCCGGUGGAUGGGCAACUUCUGUCCUGCAGAUGCUGAGAAGGCCUACAGCAUUGACAGCAACGGCUGCUACUUGAGGCCCUUCCAGUUGGGAUGGCGCUCAGAUUUCGGAAUUAGCGGAAUGAUGGAGCCUGAAACGGCCGAGCUCCUCCUGGAACUCAUCUUGACAGAGGGGUUCCUGACUGACCCCAACGUUGUCGGUGUCGAGAAGUUGGGCGUCACGCUGCCUCCACCGGAGUACCUCGACGGCGGCAUCACCGAAUGCCCCGCCAUCAACCUGGGCAGUGCUUUGUUGCCACCCUUCAGUGUCGGGUACGUGAAAGGGUGGAAAAGAGCAGUGUGCUUGAUCCUGGCACUCUGUGGAAUCAGAGUGCUGGGAUUGGAGGCAGAAGUGCCCCACCACAUUCGUGUGACAAUGGGCACCAUCCACUGCUCCUUCGGAGCCUUUCAAGAUGUGAAAGCCAAGGUGUUGGCUUCGCGAGGAGGAGCCGAACAGCAGUUUUCGGAGACUCAGAACGAGAUAGAUUGGCACUCCCAGACUGCCAUUGCGAAGGCCUUCCAAAUAGGCCGGAGCGAAGCCGGAGCUGUGCAGCAGCUCAUCACGGCCGUGCCGAAGGAUGUGAAAAAUGCAUUGGAAACGGCAGUGAAGCAACGAGGUAUGGUGAAGUUUCUGGGCCAUGAAGCUGUGGCACGACAACUCUUCAGUGCCUCCUACAUCAACACCUCGCCGGGCAUGGAUGCAUGGCGGGACCAGCUGACAAACGCCCCGGGCGAUUCCAGGAUUGCAUCUUUGCUGGUGGAGCGCCUCGUCAGCGACUUCGACCUCGCGCCCGAGCCCCUGCGCAAGGCACCGACCUGCAAGGAAACGGUGACAAAGCAUGCUUGCUGUGCUGCCAUGCUGCACUUCCUCGGCCUCUUGGAAGCCAUGUGCCCCGGCAAAGAGUUUCCUGAACUCCGGCGGCAGCUCAUGCAUCAGUUCCAUCACGGCUACUUGGACACGGACCUUGUCCACGUCCUUGAGAGCGCCGUGCCGCCAGCAGAUCUGAAAUCUGUUUCCGCCUUCAGGGCGGUGGUGGUCCAGAUCGAGACCCAGGCACAGGCGGAGAUGGAUGCGACGCAGGCAGAGCAUGCGCGGCAAGUCCGCGAAGCCACCCUGGCCCAGAUCACCGCCUUGGUCGAGUCUGACAUCAAGGCAUUGCGGCAGCGGACCCCAGACCAUGUGCUCAAGGCCAUCGCUGCGGCAAAGGAUUUGAAGUACGUCAAGGACAGGCAAAUGCAAGGCGACAACUUUGUGCACACGUGGAUGGCCGAGUACUGCCACUGCGAGAUGCUGGACGAGACGCUCAGCUGCAAAGGCAACAAUGUCCUGCCCAACGUGCUCAAAUACCUGGGCCAGUUCCGUGGCAUCGCGGGCACGCAGCCACUCGACGAUUACUUAUCCUGCAGCCUCGAGUCAGGCCUAAAGUAA